AUGUCAUGGGAGCAGCUUCGAUUGAAACGACCCACCCUAUCCCCGUCGUUGCUCUACUUCCUCUUGAACAACUACGAAAACGGCAGGGCGAUACAGAGUGCCCGUGGGUGGUAUACUAACGAUGAGAAGGCAUUGCGAGGAAACCCAAUUGACGCUGUCAACGAAUAUGCAAGGUAUUGGCAAGAAACGGAACAACUUUGCACACCGUCUAGGCUUCAGAGGGCGGAAACGCCUCAUCGGCCCCCUGACCUAGCUACACUUUUCAGCACUGUACGAGCGAAGAUAGCUGUCGACUCAUUUGACAGGGUUCUGGGCGAGCACCACCAAGCCUUUAGGUGGGCUGCCCUAUUGAAGGGCUAUCGUCCACCGACUUUAGUGCUAAAAGACAGCGGGUCAGUGUGCAGUUCGGGUAUCAGAGUGAAUAGCACGCGAUUGGGCGGGCAAUUGCCUGAUCUGAUUCGCGCGAAGCAUCGCGGUAGUAGUGAUUCCAGUGAUGUCCGUGACUUCGCUGAAUUGAAUACGGAAGUCAUUGGAUCAAAACCGGAUGCUCUCGACGCACAUGAGAUUCCUCGACCGACACUAUCUUCGGAGGGUCCCAGCCGUUCCAUUUUGACGGGUAAGCCCUACAAUUACCGACGGGCAACGACCUCCGAAUUAGGCGGAGUGAGACGAACUGACGUACAGCAAGUGGUCCCUGUUCCUGGUGGUGGUUUUCGUUCUCGCGCCGGGGCUUACGAACUUGGUGCGUCCUCACCACGAUUACAGGAUUGGUGUGCUUCUGGUACCAUGUCAGUGUCAAGAGGACGUACUUGCGCUCGCCGCAGUGCCCUUCGCGGUUCUGGACUCUUUGGCUCUAGCCUCAAUAUAUCGCAGUCUCUGGACCCCCUUAGAAGGUCUCAAGAAGCCCAACGGAUCCAUGAUGACUGGUCUGAAUUCAAGAAAAGCCUUUCCCAUCCUACUACACCUUCUACCAUCGAACCUGAUGCAGAGACUCUAAACGGCAGUCUCUCUAUCCACCCCUCUGCCGUGAUGACUCAAUCGGGUCAUGAGUUCAAUAAUUUCUCCUGUAAAGAACGUGAGGAUAGUCUCUCCUCUUUUAUGGACUGGAAUUUGCGCAAAUCACAACAAAGUCUCAUCAGUGUGGAUAUGGACAAACCGAUCGCCAGUUCUGUGAUAAAUGUGCAACUGGAGAAGGUUGCUGAUGAAACCUAUGGUCUUAAGUUCGUCGAGGGACACAUGACACGAUUUAGUCAACUGGGGGUCUACGUGAAGUCGAUCACUCCAGACACUCCAGCUUCGCGUGGAGAUGUCCGGUUGGGGGACCGAAUACUCGCCAUCAACGGAAAAGAUGUUACUGGGAUGACGUUCAAGGAGUGA